CAGCCGGCAGCAGCGUCGAGCUAACAAGUCUUUGUGAGGAGAGAGAGAGAGAGAGAGAAGGGGGGGAGAGAGAGGGAGAAAGGAAGGGGGGUGCAGAGCAGGAGAGAAUCUGACAGUGAGAGAGUUGACAGUAGGAUGAGCAUAGGAUGAGGGUGCAGAGGGAGAACGCAUAAGAUAGUGACAGAGGCAGAGGUGUUCAGUGCUGCACAAUACUGCCCGAGGCUGCUGGAAAGGGAGAGAGAGACAGAGUAAGAGGGAGAGAGAGAGAGAGAGAGAGAGAAAGCAGGCAUCAUGGCAGCUCUCACUGCAUCAUCACGACACAUGGGGAUGUUUGGCUGCUGCUGGUGAACACUGUGUGAUGCGGAGGAGAGAGUCGAGGACUUCCUGGAAACCAAAGGCAAGCUAAGGAACCAGGUGCAACCAGUGGGAGGAGCCACACGAUGAGUGGGAUCCUGAAGAGGAAGCUUGAGGAGGGUCCGUCCCCUUACCUGUCCCUGCAGGGGUCUGAUGAUGAUGAGGUUUCCUGCAGCGACAGUGGCAACAGCAGUGAUAGUCUCAACCAUCCCGUCCCCUCUGGACUGCUGGACUCCACUCUCCAGCAGCAGUCAAAGCGACUGCGGGGCCGCAACGUGCACUUUGAGAGUGUGACCGUUUAUUACUUCAACAGGCGGCAGGGCUUUACCACUGUGCCCACACAGGGUGGCAGCACCCUGGGGAUGUCACCACGUCACAGCGGGGUGAAGCGCUUCACCCUCAGGGAGUUUGCCAUGGAGCAGAAACAGAGCCAUUGGAACAUGCUGAGGGAUCAUCUCAAAGAGGAAAAACUCAAUGCCAUCAAACUCAAACUGACUAAGAAUGGCACCGUGUCAUCCAUGGAGGCGGAUACCCUGACACUUGAUGACAUCUCCGAAGAUGACCUAGAUGUGGACAACACAGAGGUGGAUGAUUACUUCUUCCUCCAGCCUCUGACUACCAGGCGGCGCCGCGCCCUUCUCCGCUCCUCUGGGGUCAGACGCAUUGACGUGGAGGAGAAGCACGAGCUGCGUGCCCUCCGAAUGUCCCGAGAGGAGUGUGGGUGCCGCUGCAGGGGGAUAUGCGACCCAGAGACCUGUGCUUGCAGCCUGGCCGGCAUUAAGUGCCAGGUAAAUGGAACUGUGGUGGACCGCAUGUCCUUCCCUUGUGGCUGCACCAAAGAAGGCUGCAGCAACACCACGGGACGCCUGGAGUUCAACCCGGUCAGGGUGCGCACCCACUUCCUCCACACCAUCAUGAAGCUGGAGCUGGAGAAGAGCCGCGAGGAGCAGCAGCAGCAUCAUCAGCAGCAGCCGGAGCAGCAGCUUGUAACCAAUGGCAACGGUUACCAUGGCGACUCCUCCUUGGUCCAGCAGCAGCAGCAGCAGCCGAACCUUCAGUUUCCACUGAUGAGUGGCGCGCCGCACAUUCCCAUCAUGCACCUCCAGAACACAGUCGACACGGAUUCGCAUCUAGAUGAAGAAGAGGAAGAGGAAGAAGAAGAAGAGGACGACGACGACGACGAUGACGACGACGACGAAGAAGAUGAAGAGGAUGAGGAUGAUGAAGCUUACGAGGAAGAUGAGGAUGGGAGCAGUGUUUGCAGCGGGCUGUCGGACUGCAGCACGCACAGCUUGGAAACAAUCGACCCCGAGGACGGAGAGGAGGACGAGGAGGAUGAGGAAGACGAUGAUGAUGAUGAGGAGGAAGAAGAGGAAGAGAAGGAAAAUUGGGAUUGCUCGUUGCACGGAACGGGUCCCCCGCCCUACUCGGUUCCACUUCCUUCUGUGCUGAGUUACUCUAAUAACACACUCAUGAGUCUCAGUAACCCCUUCCACAACACUCCCCCCAUGCAGCAUUAUCAGAUAGACAGCUCUGUGAAUGACACUCCUGCGUUUCUCAGAGAAAAUGUCAGCGGCGCCCCCACUCUCCCCACAGUAGAGACCGCAUUAGAGUCUGACAUAAACACAGAACUCCACUGCCAGACAGAGCAGCAGAGCAUUCCCUGCCAUUUCCACGACCCCACAGAGUCCCUGACUCUCCAAACUUGCUCACAUGUAGACACCCGUGAGAGUAACACUGCCCCCGCUGGUGCAUCCGCCGAACGGCAGCUCUCGACAGACCUCCAGAACAAUCCAGACCAUCAUGACUCACAGACUGAGGCUCCGGCGGGAUCUGUGGAGCAGACAGAGGAGGAAAUCAGGGAGCCGAUGCAGGAGCAACCAGGACUGCCAGUGCAGGGAGACGCUGACCAAACAACAAACACGUCACGCUCAGGCAGUACCUGAUGAUUAAAAUGCUUCAGAGAGGGAUCAGUUAAUAUUUGGAAAAUCUUUCUUCAAGAAUUGUGACCUUCAACCAUCAGAGUUUGAUUUAUUCUUGAUAAGUGCACUUCCAAAGAGAGAAUGAGUCACACAGACACAGGCCCAGAGAGGUGAUCUAAUUUUAGCUCAGUUUGUCUCUAGACCUCUCUAAGAUUGUUAGACUAUGAAACUACAAUGAAAAAGCUCAAUAAAACAGUGUUUCUGGACGUUACUUGCAUAAUUUAUGCCCUGUUAUAAAGUCUUUGAUCAUUACAGCAUGUUUAGUGGUUGUGACUGGCAUCUAUGACGAAUCAAGAUUUUGAGGUGCUUGUAUUGUUUCAGUAUUAACCAUUGUGCUGGUGUCUCAUCGUUGCUGCUAAUCGUUCUUAAAUGCCUGUCUGUAUAGCAUGUGUUCAGUUUAACUAAGAUGUUUCAAGGCUUAACACAAACUGUAAAAUGGUUUUAAAAAAAGAACAUAAAUCUGUUAUAAUUCAUUCUAAAGGUCUUUUUUGUUCCUUUUUUACAUUAACAAUGGAAAGGAGUUACUAGUAGAGUCUUUUAGCUUCUUUCAGCUCAUUGUUUUGGUUGUCUGGUGUGUAAACUUUAUGAUUUGGAUUCACUCGCACUGCGCUCAUAGCUUUGUUUUAAGGCUUUUCAGGUGGAAAAUCCCUGAUAAAACCCACUAUACUCUACCUGGCCUUUUACCAGAAGGCAGACAAAGCUUGCUAGUGAAGAGUGAAGCAUUUAGCAGCUAAAGAGCCAGAUAUUUCCCUCAGGAGUCGGUGGAGAGCGAAGCAAAGCUAAAAGAGAGUUAAUAUUGGAUUUACACUCAGAAACACGACUCCAAAUGAAUGCUUCUGCUGCUCUGUGUCUGCUGGAUGUUUAAAUAGGCGCCUGUUUGCAAACGUGUUAGCUGUACCAACUUCCAAUAUGUCUGUAUUGUGUCUACAGCUUCUUUCUGACGCCUUCCAAGUCGCACAAAAAGUACACCAAGUUCCAACACUUAAUGACCAAAUACCUGCAAAUGCAAAAUGCUAAUGACAUUUGACCUCAGCUGUACUUUGUGUUAAGGGCUAGUUAGCAAAUGCUGUCAUUGUGAACAUGCUGACAUUAGCAUUUAGCUCAAAGCACAGCAGCCACUAGCAUUACUGUGGACUCAUCUUGUUUGUUUAGUAAUGGUUCAACCUUCGUGUAGUUAUUAACAUGUAAAUGAUAAAGUAUUGUGAACAUUUUAAAAUGCUGCCAACACAGUCUCCUCUACUACAGGAUGAAGGAACAUUAUGCCAAAUCACGACCAUCUCGAUAGUGAUUAAUGAAUUAAUAAUUCAUAAUUAUUAUUUGUCAUAGUAUCUUCACCACAAAUCUAAGCUUUUCAAAAAGGUUUUAAAAAGUAAUUGUAAUUUCUCACUUUAUGUGUCUGUUGUUUCUCUCAGUAACAUCACUACCACUGUCUUUUUGCUGUUAAUAGAACAAAUGUGGGCCGAAGCGUUUAGCAAGAUUAGAGUAAAACCCAUCCAUGCAUGUUAUAUUUAUCAUUUUAUAGUCACGUGCGAUACAAAAGUGCACUUUUUUUCUUUCAGUUUUCAGAUGAGGCUUAUGUUGGAGUUAUUACCCUUGUCUCUUAAUACUGCCAAACCUGGGGGCCAAAUAUAUUUCAUGUUCUUUUUAAAACAACUGUACAUUUCCAUGAGUGUGUGAAUAAAACACUUUUUGACAUCCA